AUCAGGAAAACGUUGUUAACUUGUUAUAACAAUCGAAAGGUAACUGACAGCGUACACCUUUGAACGUGUUUCUGUGAGUAAAGUCGUUUGAAGUAUUUCAACGAUAAUGGCUUUAAAAACAUUUUUUCUACUAUGUAAUAGCACCAGGUAACACAGGAUAUUUAAUUUCCUGACUCUUGGUUUAUUAUGUAAUAACACCCAUCAACACUUCUCCAGAAGAUAUCCAACUUUGAACUUCCACAGGUGAAAUGUAUAACUAGAGGUACUGAAGGCAUGAGUGAAAGUUUUAAAGUUGCAGCAAAACAUGACAGUUGAUAACAAAAGUCAGGUGCUCAAAGUGACCAGCCUGGUCACUUUGACUUUGCAGAAUGCUGUUCUUGGGUUGAGUAUGCGAUAUGCGAGAACAAGAGUUGGACCUAUGUUCAUAUCUUCAACAGCUGUUGUGAUGUCUGAACUUGUGAAACUUUUAACUUGUUUAUUUCUUGUGUAUAAAGAAAAUCAUUUCUGUAGUAAGAAGUGGUCUUCGUCCUUGUACAGUACCGUCAUACAACAGCCUUUAGAUACAUUGAAAGUGUGUGUGCCGAGUUUUGUCUACAUAAUUCAAAAUAACCUUCUAUACGUCUCUGCAUCCCAUUUGGAUGCUGCUACUUAUCAAGUGACUUAUCAGCUGAAAAUUUUGACAACAGCCCUUUUCGCAGUAGCGCUUUUGAAAAAAAAGCUCUCCCAGCGCCAGUGGUUUGCUCUCGUUGUUCUUGUAGUUGGUGUCGCUUUGGUUCAGCUCUCAGGUUCUGAAGGCAAAUCACCUAGGGAAGGGCAAAACAAAGUAAUCGGUUUCUCCGCUGCUCUUGGUGCUUGCGUUCUAUCUGGAUUUGCAGGUAUUUACUUUGAAAUGAUACUCAAAGGCUCAAACGAGAUUUCUGUUUGGAUGAGAAAUGUCCAACUGUCUCUUUUAUCCCUCCCAUUUGGAUUCAUCACUUGCAUAACAACAGAUUGGUCCGAAAUCAACUCUAAAGGUUGGUUGUACGGAUAUGACUUCUUUAUUUUCUACCUUGUCUUCCUUCAAGCUGGGGGUGGACUCGUCGUUGCGCUAGUUGUUAAAUAUGCUGAUAACAUACUUAAAGGAUUUGCGACUUCAUUAGCGAUAGUGAUAAGUUGUGUAUGUUCAAUGUAUUUUUUUCAGUUUAAACUAACUUUUAUGUUUGUGCUUGGUGCUACAUGUGUUAUUACAUCAAUAUUUCUCUACAGUCUUGUUCCAACAGAUAAAAAACAAUAUUCAUUGUUAGUUGGAAAAGAAAAAUCUGAGAACAUAUAAAGACUUUAAAUUUAGUAUUUAAGUGCAAUGUGUAAAUACAAU